AUGUAUCGCGCAGCGUUGCGAUCCGCUUCGCGACCGGCUGUCGCGGGCCUGCGAGCUUCCGCCCUCCGAUCCGCUCCGCGCCGAUUCGCAUCGACUUCGCCUGCCGAUAAAUCGAGGUCAUGGAAGGGCUCUGCCGUGCGCUGGGCUCUUGCUGGUGGCGCCGUAUACUACUAUAGCACUAGCACAGUCUUUGCUGAAGAGGCAAUUCCUGCCAAACAGUUCUCUACUGCGCCGUCCUCGUUUCUCGAAUCCAAUGAGACGACAGAGCUUCCGACCGUCGCAUCUAUAGUUGAGGGGAGAAAAUCACAGGCCGCCGCCAAGGCCCAGAAGCCCGCCGACUCCACGCCGAAGCAGCAAGAUGGCAAGGAAGAGACGGCGGCUGAGACUACGGUCAACGCGGCAUCACCGACAGCCCUCGAGGAAGAGGCUGACCAGCAGGGCGCGUUCAAUCCAGAGACGGGCGAGAUCAACUGGGACUGCCCCUGCCUGGGCGGCAUGGCUCACGGCCCCUGCGGAGAGGAGUUCAAGACUGCAUUCAGCUGCUUCGUAUACUCGAACGAAGAGCCCAAGGGCAUGGAGUGCAUCGACAAGUUCCAGGGCAUGCAAGAAUGCUUCCGCCAAUAUCCCGAGAUCUACGGCGCUGAGCUAGCCGAGGCCGAUAACGCAGAAGACUUCCCCGACGACCUUGACCAUCCUCUCGAGACACAGACACUUCGCGAAGAUCACGAUGCUACCGAUACGCAAACCGCUUCUGAAGGGGUCAAGGUGGCCGACAAGCAGACUCCUGGCGUCGAGCCCAGCGCGGCCGCUCCUCGGCAGCAGACGGAGAAGCCCGUUGAAUUCAAGGCCGUCGAUGCCACUGUCUCGGCCGCCCCUCAGCAGCAUACGGAGAAGCCCGCGGAAUCAAAGUCCGCCGAGUCCAAAACUGCCGAGUCCAAGCCCGCCGGAUUCAAGCCCAACGAUUCAGAGGCUGCCGAUAUCAAGCCCGUCAAAUCUGAGCCCGGCCCUUCCGCCAUUCCCGAAGCUAGCAUUGACACAACCUCUACGAAUUCUCCGCGCGGCCCUGUGUGGGAGGAUGCUACCGAAGCCAACAAGGAUGACCCCAAGCCCAAGGAGGCUUAG